AUGCAGACUCUCCCUCAGCUGGCAAACAUCUCUGCGCAAGCACCCGAGCCAUUGGUGGAAGAAUCCAAGCCUUUGCUGAGCCUUCCUGCUUCUUCGUUACGCACCACGGUCUAUCAUGUUCUGGUGGUUUCCUGUUUCUGCAUUGCCGGCGCUACUAUCUGUGCUUUAGCGGGCGUGCACGUCUUUUGUUAUUUUCGAAACAAGGCCUUCACACUUGAGCCCUUCAUCAUGAGGCAGACUAUAAAGGAGGUGGAGGCAGGUUGGGGAGGCAACGUGGAUGUGGUUACAGGGCGAGGGCUGAAUGUCAAGGUGGGGAGGAGGAGCAGGGGGGAAGGGAGGGGUGAGAUACUAGAGUUGCAUGGUGAUUUGAAGGGUGAGUUGAAGGAUGAGUUGAAGGCUGAGUUGAAAAGUGAGUUCACAAAUCUAUGCGCUGGCAACUGUGCUGGUGUGGAGGAUAAGGAGAGGGUUGUUGGAGCAGUGGCGCGUGAGAUGGGUGAGGUGAAGGGCCGUUUGCUGAAGGUGGAAAGUGAAAAGGAAGCUGCGAUGAAAGUGGCUGCAGAGCAGGCUGCUGCGGAGAAGGUGGGAGCAGUGGAGCGUGAGUUGGGUGAGAUGAAGGGCCGUUUGUUAAAGGUGCAGAGUGAAAAGGAAGCCACAGAGAAGGCUGCUGCGGAGAAGGUGGGAGAAGUGGAGCGUGAGUUGGGUGAGCUGAAGAAGCAUUUGAUGAAGGUGGAAGGUGAACAGGCAGCUGUGGUGAGAGUGGCUGCGGAAAAGGCAGAUUUAGAGAAGGUGAAUGAGUUGGUGGGAGUAGUGGAGCGUGAGUUGGGUGAGGUCAAGGGCCGUAUGAUAAAGGUAGAGGGUGAAAAGGCAGCUGCAGAGAAGGUGAAUGAGUUGGAGAAAGUGACGCGGGAAGGAUUUGCAGCAGCGAAGGGAGAAGUUGCAGCACUGAAGGGAGAAGUUGCAGCAGUUAAGGGGGAAAUUGCAGCAGUGAAAGAGAAAGUAGCAGCAGUGGAAGGGGAAUUGGUUGAUCAGAAGUCCCGUCUGUUAGAAUCAGAGGCAGCAAGGGAUGACAGCUUUGCAGCAGGGAAGGGAGAUGUUACCUCAGUGAAAGGGGAAGUGGCAGCGAUGAAAGAGAAGGUAGCAGCAGCGGAAGGGGAGUUGACUAACCAGAAAGUCCGUCUGUUGCUUUUGGAGGAGGAGAAGAAGGCUGCGGAAAGGGAGGCGCAUGAAAGGGUGAAACGCGACGCGAAGCGGGCCCCUGAUGAAGCUGCAAUGCGCAAGAUAUUGCAGCAGCCUGGUCCGAUCACCAAGGAGCAAGUGGAGGAGUGCAGGCCUUCGUGA